AUGAGCCUCCGACUAUCGACCAGACAGUUAUGUCGUCCAUACUGUCGUCCUGUCUUCCUUGCUACAAACAACAGAUAUGUGCAGUUCAGCCACGCUUCGGUGAAUCGAGAAGAGAAGGUCGAAGAUCCUCGCCUCAAGGAGGAGAUUGGCGAUUUGGUCAUAGAAGAUCAGUAUGCAAUCCUUCGAGAGAAAUACGAUACGCCCAAGAAUCCAAUCAUCCUGGCACAUGGCUUGCUAGGGUUUGAAGAGCUCAAUAUUGUGCCAAAAGCAAUUGCUCCUGGCUUACAGUACUGGAGAGGUAUCCGGGAAGCAUUGGCUGCAAAGGGUAUCGAAGUGAUUACUGCAACCGUACCACCAUCUGGAUCCAUCGAAGCACGCGCUCAGAAGUUGAGCGAGGACAUCCACAACAAAGCAAAGGGAAAGAGCGUAAACAUUAUCGCCAUACUACUCAGCGGCCUAGACUCUCGAUACAUGAUCAGUCAAUUGAAGCCAGCAAACGUCAAAGUGCUGUCGUUGACAACAAUCGCAACACCCCACCGAGGUUCUUCGUUCGCAGAUGUCAUGUUCUCCUGGAUCGGCCCAACCAACAUACCCAAACUCUACAAAAUGCUCGAAUUCUUCGGCUUCGAAACCGGCGCCUUCAGCCAGCUAACCCAAACAUACAUGCGAGACAACUUCAACCCAAAAACACCCGAUCGUGAAGGCAUUGCCUACUACUCGUACGGUGCCAAUGUGGACCCCAGGUUCUGGAGUAUGUUCCGUCAGAGCCAUAGGAUCAUCCAGAAGAUAGAGGGUGACAAUGAUGGGUUGGUCAGUGUGCAGAGUGCCAAGUGGGGUACUUAUAAGGGCACGCUGAAGGAUGUCAGUCAUUUGGAUAUGAUCAACUGGACGAACAGAUUGCGUUGGUUCAUGUGGGAGUUGACGGGAAACAAGAGGAAUUUCAACGCCAUCGCAUUCUACUUGGACAUUGCUGAUAUGUUGGCGAAAGAGGGACUCUGA